GUAAAAAGGCAGGUCCUUUGGUGACUCAUGGAUAUAAUUUCCUUGAGCUUGACCAGUGCCCUGGCCUUUAGCCCCAUCCAACCUCUUCCCUUUCUGUUAUCUCUCCAUCCCUCUUCCUCACACUAAUCCUUAGCUCACCCAGGCAGAAGCCUAUGACAAGGGAUCAAGGGUAGGUUGUCUUCUUGUUCCCCACCCUCCAAAGCCCUCUAGGGUUCAUCUUUGCUCAGGACUUCAUCCGCUUGUUCCUCAGAUACACACUGUGUCAGCGUGCCUGGCUAGAGAGGGCAGACAGACCCAGGUUCAUAUCUUACCUUCAUUGCAUGAUCCUCAUAAAGAACUUAACAUCCCUGAGCCUCAGUUUCCUAUGUGAUGGGAAUAAUACUAUCAGCCUUAAGAGUUGUGAGAAGUAAGCCUGAGGAAGAGCAAGACACCAUCUCUACUAAAAGUAGAAAACGUGGGGCCCACUUGAACCCAGCCUUCUCCUUGUCCAUGUGCCUCCUGGGACGCCUCCCCUGGGCAAAGCUCCCUAUUUACUCCUUGGUGCAGCUGCUGUCUUCUUUCUGUGCCUCGGGAACCACCUAUAUUCUCUACUAUGAUGCCCUGCAAAACUAUACAGGUGGCAACCUGACAGUAACUGGCCCCAAGGAGACAGCCUCCAUCUUUGCCACCUAUCCUGCCCCCUAUCUAUCCCUGAACAAUGGUUUCCUAGAUCAGGUUCUGGGCACUGGGAUCCUGAUUGUGGGCCUCUUGGCCAUCCUGGACAGACGGAACAAGGGAGUCCCUGCAGGUCUGGAGCCUGUGGUGGUGGGGCUGCUGAUCCUGGUCAUUGGGCUAUCCAUGGGUGCCAACUGCGGGAUUCCACUCAACCCUGCCCGAGACCUGGGCCCACGGCUCUUCACGUACAUGGCUGGCUGGGGCCCUGAAGUCUUCAGUGCUGGUAACGGCUGGUGGUGGGUGCCAGUGGUGGCCCCUCUGGUGGGGGCUGUCCUUGGCACAGCCACAUACCAGCUGCUGGUGGCUCUGCACCACCCUGAAGACAUACAGCCAGCUCAGGAUAGCCCAUACAAAGCCUCAGUUCAGACGCUGGAGUGUAAACUAUGAUUGCCAAGGCCCUCAUGCACUCAUGGGUCCUGGAGAGAGCUGCUCUUCGACCUGGUAGCUAGACAGAUAAUUCUUUUUUUCUUUGCAGUUUUUGGCCGGGGCUGGGUUUGAACCCGCCACCUCCGGCAUAUGGGGCCAGCGCCCUACUCCUUUGAGCCACAGGCGCUGCCCCAGAUAAUUCUUUAUGAAUAUGCCAGACCCUGGGAAGCUUCUCUGUUACCUGUUUAGGUAUCCUUUCUCCUAAAGCGGGAAGGAUCCAAAGAGACCUGGAGGAGGAUAGUAAGGCCUAGGGACUCAGCUCCUUGGUUCCUUCUUCCCCCUGCGGGUUUUCUGACCCUCAGGCUUUCUAAGAACGUUUAUGCUCAAAGUAGCCGCCAGAGGGUACGCACCUCUGGCGGGUGGGAAAGGCCGAGGGACCCUGGCUGCCACCACCAAGAGUCGGGGAGCUGACACUGAGGACUUCCAGCUCUCACCACCUCAGCGCCUCCCCCAGACUCCGCACCCCCGACGGCAAUUGGGAGGAAGCUACCCCCGCCGCUGUGGAGGAGGAGGGGGCAGCAGGACGCAGCUCUUCCCGCACCUAGAGAACGGACGAGCAAAGCUGAGAAACUGAGGCACAACCCAGAACCUAGACGUCCCGGAUUAUGUUAGCCAAGGAGGGGGGCCCGGAGAGGAGGCGAAGGAGCAGAGGGCACGUUUCGGGUGCUAGGGGAGACUGAUGCUGAGGAAAAUGCUCGUGGUUUAUUUCCAGCCCUUACGCCCCUGCCUAUAGAAGAUGCUUUUGUUCUUCUGUUCUCUUUAUUCAAAAAUAAAUAAAUAAAU